AUGUUGGUCGCAGCGAUCGGGACUUAUUCCGUAACAGCCAUCCCCUUGGCAAUGGACAAUGUUUCAAGGUGGUUUCGGUGGCCAAAAGAUAUGCCGACUGAGAGUCAACAUCCGUCAAGAAGGGAACAGACACCUCAGCUGGAGAGAUCACUGGUGACCCAGUCAAAGAAAGAACUGACAUUUCGCGUACGGGGCGUGCCCAAUGACUGGGACAGAGACAAGCUUGAAUCAUUCCUGAUCGAAAGAGACAGCCCUGCUGGACCAGUGGUAAAAUCCUUGACCAAGGAGUUUCACGGACGCUCCCAGACAGCCACAGUCUCUUUUAGAAACACCUUCCAACUGCCACUAAGGAUCUCUCUGCCUGCACCUUACGGUCAAUUCGGUCAGCUGCAGAAUCUGACGCUUGAUCAUGACUUUCUCAGCAUUACCAGUCUUUUCGCCCCUGCGCAUCAAAAUCACAACGUUGACAUUGUCGCAAUCUCUGGCCUUGGCGGACACGCAUUUGGAUCAUUUAAAGAGCGGGAUGGAGAGCACAUGUGGCUAAGAGACGCGCUCCCACAUAGUAUCACCAAUGAAAGUGGCGAGCCAAUUGCACGCAUUAUGGUGUAUGGCUACGAGUCAAGUCUUCCGAACAGCGAUAGAUUUCAAAACUUGGAAGACCUUGGGACGAACCUCCAUUCAGAUCUUCGAACGCUUAUAUUUGACGACUCGUUCAAACCCAUUGUAUUCAUUGCUCAUAGCCUAGGCGGAUUGAUCGUCAAACAGUUUCUUAUAUCACUCUCUAAGUCAAAGGAUGAGGUGGAUCAAAAAUUAAGGCGUGCAGUUUACGGUAUUGCUUUUUUUGGAGUACCGCACGACGGUAUGGACAUUCAUUCGCUCAUCCCUAUGGUUGGGGAUGGACCAAAUCGAUUUUUGCUGGAAUCCAUAGGGUCCAACAAUUCGCAGAUCCUCAGCAUCCAACAGCGUGAGUUUUCAGAUGCACUGGGGGACCAAGGCGAGACUGAGAUUGUUUCAUUCUACGAAACCCGCUUUUCCCCGACCGCAUUACAGGAUGAAAGUGGUAGAUGGACCAUGUCGGGUGAACCAGCCGUCUUGGUAUCGAAAGCAUCCGCCACACACUGCCGGCCUUGUGAGAACAGACCAGAACAUAUUUGCGCCAUCAAUCGCACACACUCAGAAAUGGUCAAGUUCGCGCAGGAAGAUCCCGAAUACAACAGGGUACUCGGACGAAUAAGGAGCCUCGCUCAGCGUGCGAUUACAGCGCGAAGGAGCCCUAUACAGUCAAAUAUGGCUCAGGAAGAACGGAAAUACCCGCAUUUUCCAGGCCCGACACAGCCAAGUUUGUCCCAGGAAGAACGGAAAUGCCUUCAAUCGCUAGCUUUUAGGCAGAUGCAUGAUCGCGGCAACGAUAUUGAACAUGCUGCCCAAGGGACAUGCGAGUGGCUGCUCAAACACGAUACAUAUAUAAGUUGGGCCGCAUCCCAUGGAGGUCUACUAUGGAUUAAAGGAAAGCCAGGCGCUGGGAAGUCUACGCUGCUCAAAUACGCGAUAAGCAAAUAUCAUGAUAUAUCCAGAGCAAGUGGCAAUGCUCUGGUCAUUUCUUUCUUCUUUCAUGGCCGUGGUGGCGCUCUCCAAAAGACUCCACUCGGAUUCUUGCAAUCUAUACUUCAUCAGAUUCUUAAGAAGGCUCCAGAAGCUCUUUCAGACCUUGUAGGUGCCUACCAACAGAAGUGUAUAGAUAUGGGCGAUCCUCCUGGAAAGUGGUAUUGGCAUGUGAAAGAGUUGUGGGGUUUCUUGGAAUUAUCUCUUCCGAGAAUCUUAACGGAUCGCUCGAUUUGGUUGUUUGUUGAUGCGCUUGACGAAUGUGGUGAAGCUGAUGCAAAACAGCUUGUGCAGAGAUUUAAACGAUUACUUCAGACAUCAGCACCACGUCCUGCUUGGAUCCAAUUUAAUAUUUGCUUCAGUUGUCGUCAUUAUCCAAUACUGAAUGCUCCGGAAAUGUUUGAGAUAUGGCUCGAAAUGGAAAACAAUAGCGACAUUUCCAUUUACGUGAAAUCCGAACUCAAAAUAUCUUUUUUCGAGCAGACGACACCAUCUGUGAUUCAGAAUUUGAUUAUUGGCCGUGCUUCUGGCAUUUUCUUAUGGGCGCGGUUAGUGGUGAAACAGGUUCAGGAUCUCGAGCUAGAGGGUUUCGGACCAAAUAAGAUCGAGGCGAUCAUCCGGACUAUCCCCGAAGACCUUCAUGAACUAUAUAAAACGCUUAUACAUGGAAUGGGGCCACCUUCUUUGAGACUGAUACAAUGGGUCUGCUUUGCAACGAGGCCUUUGACUACGGAAGAGCUUCGAUGGGCGCUGGUCGUAGACGCCAAAUUUUCGUCAUUACAAGAGUGUCAAAAAUCAGAGGAUUACAUACCAAAUAGCGAGCGAAUGAAUCAGCAAGUUAUAAAGCUCAGUCGAGGGCUUGCUGAAGUUACCCAGAGGUCUGAUACUCGGGGAUAUAGUAUUCAGAGAUACGAUACUGAGGGGUCGGAUACCGAGGGGUUGGACUCUCAGGUUGUCCAAUUCAUCCACCAGUCUGUUAAAGACUUCUUCAUGAACGAGGGCCUGGUAGCUCUGGACAACAUAUCGGCAUCGGCUACUGAGUUGAUCGGAAUGGCACAGCUCGAGCUGUCAAAAACAUGCAUCUGUUACUUGAAGAUGGAGGAAAUUAGUCACUCAGUAAGUGACGAGAGCGACAAACUGAAAGAGAAAUUUCCCUUUCUGCACUAUGCCACGACCUCGUGGGUAUUGCACUCACAACAAAGCGAUACCAAGGGCAUUCCUCAGGGAGUUCUACUAAGUUUAUUUGCAUGGCCAUCCAAUGUCACUUUUAACCUAUGGACGCGUAUCUUUAGGGAUAUAGUCGGAUAUUCUGAGCAUUGUCCAUCGGCAAAGACCACUCUUGUACACAUUGCAGCGAGGUAUCACAUUGUGGGAGCAUUGAAGGCCAUCCUAGAACAUGACGAUCCAACUUUCAUGAAUAUUGACUCAAAAGAUGAAGAUGGCCGGACGCCUCUCUCAUGGGCUGUGGAGCAUAGGCACGAGGGUAUUGCUCAGUUGCUGCUUGAUGCAGGAGCUGAAGUUGACUCAACAGACAAAGCUGGCUGGAUACCGCUAUUAUGGGCUGUAAAAAACGGCCAUGAGGCUAUGGCUAAGCUGCUGCUCAAUGCAGGGGCUAAAGUUGACUCAACCGAUAAUAAAUAUCACAGGACGCUACUGUCAUGGGCUGCCAAGCACAAGUAUGAAGCUGUGGUCAAGCUGCUGCUUAACGCAGGAGCUGAAGUAAAUUCAAAGGAUACAUCUGGCUGGACACCGCUGUUAUGGGCUGUAAGAAACAGUCAUGAGACUGCAGCUAAGCUGCUUCUAAAUACAGGAGCUGAAGUUAAUUUAGCAGAUAAGAAGAGCCGGACGCCGCUGCUAUGGGCAGUAGAGAACAGGCAUGAGGCUAUAGCCAAGUUACUGCUUGAUGCAGGAGCUGAGGUUAACUUAAAAGAUAAAGAUGGCUGGACGCCAUUAUCAUGGGCAAUAAUGCACGGUUAUAAGCCCUUGAUUAAGCUACUGCUUGAUGCAGGGGCCGAAAUUGAUUUUAAAGAUACUUUCGAUGGGCAGGCGCCGCUAUCAUGGGCUUCAAGAAAUGGAUAUGAAACUGCAGUUAAGCUGCUGCUUGAUGCAGGAGCUGAAGUUGACGCUAGAGAUAAUUCUGAUAGACUGGCGCCGCUAUCAUGGGCUGUAAGAGAAGGGCACAAAACUGUGGUUAAGCUGCUGCUUAACACAGGGGCUGAAGUUGAUUCCAGAAAUAAGUUCAAUGUCCGGACGCCGCUAUCAUGGGCUUCGGAAAACGGGAAUGAGGCCGUGGUUAGGUUGCUGCUUGCUGCAGGAGCUGAAGUUGAUUCUCAAGAUAAUCUCUGUCGCCAAACGCCGCUAUCAUGGGCUUCAAAAGAAGGACACGAAACUGUUGUUAAGCUGCUGCUUACUGCAGGAGCUGGAGUUAAUUCUCAAGAUCAUAACAACAAAACGCCGCUAUCAUGGGCUUCAGAAAAAGGGCAUGAGGCCGUGGUUAAGAUACUGCUUGAUGCAGGAGCUGGAAUUGAUGAUGGAAAUCCUUAUAAUAACCAGAAGCCGCUAUCAUUAGCUUCAAAGAACGGUUACGAGGCCGUGGUUAAGCUAUUGCUUAAUGCAGAAGCUAAAGUUGGUUCUCAAAAACGUAAUAGCAAUUGGCCGCUAUUAUUCGCUUCACACAACGGGCACGAGGCCGUGGCUAGGCUGCUGCUUGAUGCAGGAGCUGAAGUUAAUUUUCGAGAUCAUCAUAACUACACAUCGCUAUCAUUAGCUUCAAAGAACGGUUACGAGGCCGUGGUUAAGCUACUCCUUGAUGCAGGAGCUGAAGUUGAUUCUCAAAAUCAUAAUAGCAAUACGCCGCUAUUAUUAGCCUCAGAGGACGGGCACGAGGUUGUAGCUAAGUUAUUACUCAGUGCAGGAGCUAACCCUAAUAUUAAGGGUUAUAACUUUGGCUGGACUCCGCUGUUAUUAGCUUCACAGAACGGGCACAACGCCAUAGUUAAGCUGCUGCUUACUGCAGGAGCGGAAGUGGAUUUUAAAGAUCCCAAAGAUCAGACCCCGCUGUCAUUGGCUACAAUGAACGGACAUGAAAACGUGGUUAAGCUCCUGCUUGAUGCAAGAGCCAAAGUUGAUUCAAAAGAUAUUUACAACCAGACGCCGUUAUUGCGCGCUUCGUCAGGGGGGUAUAAGGCUAUGGUUAAGCUGCUACUUAACGCAGGAGCUGAAGUCGACUAUAAAGAUCAAAAUAACCGGACUCCACUAUCAUGGGCUUCAGGAUAUGGAUAUGAGCCCGUGGUUAAGCUGCUGCUUAAUGCAGGAGCUAAAGUUAAUUCUAAAGAUAGUUACAACCAGACGCCGCUGUUGUUAGCUUCAACGAAGCUACACGAAACCGUGAUUAAGCUUUUACUGGAUGCAGGAGCUGAAGUUGAUUUCAAAGAUCACAAUAACCGGACACCGCUGUCACUAGCUUCAGGACACGGAUAUGAAAACGUGGUUAAGAUGCUCCUUGAUGCAGGAGCUAAAGUUGGUUCAAAAGAUAGUUUCAACCAGACGCCGCUGGGAUGGGCUGUAACAAACCGACACAAAACCGUUGUUAAGCUGUUGCUUGAUGCAGGAGUUAAAUUUAAUUCAAAAGAUUAUGUUAACCGGACGCCACUGGCAUCGACUAUAUAA